AGGUAUUUAUUAUCUACCUAUGGUCUUUGGCUCUCUCUGUACAACGUUUGAAUUCUGCAACAACAUCCGCAUAAAUGGCCUCAGCUUCCAAAGAAGAGAAGCGCAGUUCUGCCAAAAGAGUAGCUGUUAUUGGUGCCGGUGCUAGUGGGCUUGCUGCAGCGUACAAGUUGAAAUCACAUGGUUUGAAUGUCACAGUAUUUGAAGCUGAAGGAAGAGCUGGAGGGAAGUUAAGAAGUGUUUCACAUGAUGGCUUAAUUUGGGAUGAGGGAGCAAAUACAAUGACUGAAGGUGAAAGGGAGGUCAGAAGUUUACUUGAUGAUCUUGGACUUCGAGAAAAGCAACAAUUUCCAAUUUCACAGAAUAAGCGGUAUAUUGUACGAAAUGGUAUGCCAGUGUUGAUACCCACAAAUCCCAUUGCACUGAUCACAAGCAACAUUCUUUCUGCACAAUCAAAGUUUCAGCUCAUUUUGGAGCCAUUUUUGUGGAAGAAAAGUAACUCAAAAGUUUUUGAUGAUUCACAGGAAAGUGUGGGUGGGUUCUUUGAGCGUCAUUUUGGGAAAGAGGUUGUUGAUUAUCUCAUUGACCCUUUCGUUGCGGGCUCAAGUGCAGGGGAUCCUGAAUCUCUUUCUAUGCAGCAUUCUUUCCCAGAGCUAUGGAAUCUAGAAAAAAGGUUUGGCUCUAUUAUAGCUGGGGUGGUUCAAUCUAAGUUAUCCAGCAAAAGAGAAAAACGUGGAGAUACAAAGGGUACUGUAGAAAAAAAGAAACACCAACGUGGCUCAUUUUCGUUUCAUGGUGGAAUGCAGAUGCUUACUGAUAUGUUGUGCAAAGAGCUUGGCAAGGAUGACCUUAAACUGAACUCAAAGGUUUUGUCAUUAUCUUACAGCUGCGAUGGGAAUUCUGCAUUAGAAAAUUGGUCAGUUACUUGUGCUUCCGGCCGUGAUAAGCAUUCACAAACCUUAUCUGUUGAUGCUGUAAUCAUGACGGCUCCAUUAAGUAAUGUCAAAGAAACGAAGAUCACCAAAAGGGGAACUCUCUUUCCACUUGACUUUCUUCCUGAGGUGACUUACAUGCCACUAUCAGUCAUAAUCACCACCUUUAAGAAGGCGAAUGUCCAGAGACCUCUUGAGGGAUUUGGAGUUCUUGUUCCUUCUAAGGAGCAACAAAAUGGUCUAAAAACCCUUGGUACACUCUUUUCUUCUAUGAUGUUUCCAGAUCGUGCACCUAAUGACCUUUAUCUCUAUACAACGUUUGUUGGCGGAAGUCGAAACAGUGAUCUAGCGAAAGCUUCCACAAAUGAGCUGAAGCAGAUCGUUUCUUCUGACCUUAGGCAGUUGCUGGGAGCAGAGGGAGAACCCACAUUUGUAAAUCAUUUCUACUGGAGUAAAGCAUUUCCAUUGUAUGGGCGUAACUAUGGCUCAGUUCUAGAAGCAAUUGAAACGAUGGAGAAAAAUCUUCCUGGAUUCUUCUAUGCAGGGAACCACAAGGGUGGCCUAUCUGUUGGCAAAGCAAUAGCCUCUGGGUGCAAAGCAGCUGAUCUUGUUAUAUCCUAUCUGGAGUCUUCUUCAGAUGACCAGGCCCGUAGGGAAGAACCAUCAUUAUAGAAAUAAGUGUAAUAUUAUCUAUUAAUCUCUCUUCUUUGAACAACUAAUGCGUUUGUGAAUAGCUGCUGCCCAAAAUAAUUUGUGAAGACUAGCAAAUUUAUUUAUUUUUUUGUAACGCUGUGUAAAGACUCUAAAAAGGUAUCAACACCAUGCAUUUGUUCAGGCUACAUUGUCGACAUGAACAAACAGGGCGACCUAGUAAAUGUAAAUUGGGGUUACCGAAA